ACGUGACUCCGAUGUGUCACGUGAUCGCCCACAUGUGCUCCCGCCCAAAAUGAACGGAGAAAUACUUCUCCCAGUCUCCAGUGCAGGCCGGAGACAGGAGACGGUUACUCCGAGUGCGUCCCUUAGUACAGGGGAAGAUUCAGGGUAUUCUGAUCAUACCCCUACUGGAGAUAGUCUUGGUUGCGAUACACUUUCUUCCGGUGAGACACGCCCCAGCUCAGGCAGCGGAGUAGACCUCGGACAAGGAACUGUUUACGAGUUUAAAAGUGAACGAAGUGAGCUUAGUUUUGGAGACAUAGAGCCCAAAAGUGUGUCUUCCAAAACCCUCCCGAUAAGUGAAACCGAAGAAAACGUGACUGAUUUUCCAGAAAUUGAAUUUCUAUUGAAGCCAAAUAUUGAAAGGGAAAAAUCUGUUGAAUUUCGGGAAACUGAUCUUUCCGAGCCCAGAUUUCUGCAAAAUUCUUUACCCUCGCCUCCUAAACCGCAACAGCUUCAACAGCUUCAACAGCUUCAACAGCAGACGGGACAACAGCACUGUAUUAGCACAGAGCGUAUGAACACAAUGUUUAAAAAAGAAGUAAAGGAAGGGAAGGAAGGGAAGAAGAGCGGUGGAGAAUUAUUCAGAGCAGCCCUUGAACGACUCAGCUUUAGAUCGAGUAAACGAAAGAAGCCUAAAGCCAAAUAUGAAGUAGAAGUUAAUAUUAAUUCAGAAACUAAAUCAUCAGUUCAGGACACAGACAAUAGUCAUCCAAAAGAUUCAUUAGUUCAAGAGAAAAAUGAAAAUAAUGAUGCAGCCCCCGCCGUGGCGUAUAAACCGCCAUUACCUCCAGGUCGGCGGCGAUUACCCGCCUCCGCCUCCUACGAACAAAGUCGGCCAUUGACUGAACUUGACUCCGCCCUGAAAAAGUUCCGCUCCGCCACGGCGGAGUCCAGGGAGAAUUUGACAGCUAGCCGACCUAAUCUUGAACUUAUAAUGGCGGAGGUGUCUAAGGCAUAUCCAGGUAUUAAAAAUAAUAAUAUAGUUUACAGUUUGAUAGAUUUCCGUGUGAUUGUGAUAUAUUAG